GUCUUGUCAUUGAACGCCAAUAACAACAAUAACACCCGACGAGUGGUCAUUGUCUUAAGUCAUUGGAUCAACAGUUGGUGAUAGUAGUCAUACCAUUGGCCACACGUGUGUCGACACACUUAAUAUCAAACAUCAGCUGACAGUACACAUCGCGAGCGGCGCCGCCACAAGAGCUCAAGUCAUUGGCGCCGAUCACUGGAUCAGCUGUGAGUGAUCUCUUAACCUCGUGUCGUCGGCGGACACAGACUAUAGCGUCUGCCACCGAUGGCCCACUACAAGGGCGCCGCCUCAGAGGCCGGUCGGGCGAUGCAGUUGCAGAAGAAGAGGGAGAAAGCGAUGGAAGAGUUGGAGCACAAGAAGCGGAAGAUCGAGGAGGAGCUGAAAGUGUCGACAAUUGGCAGCAAGUUUUCCAUCCAUUACGACGCCAUUGAACAACAGCUGCGGACGUCGACCGUAGGUCUGGUGACGUUGGAUCAGAUGCGAGCCAAACAAGAGGUGGCGGUGAAGGAGAGGGAGCGACAGUUGGCCCUCAAGACGGAGUCCAUUGCGGCCAAAGAGGCGGAGGAUAAGCAGCGCCAGAAGGAUAAACAGAAGCAACAGAUCCAAACGCUUUCGUUUCGUUUCGAUGACGACGAGGAGGAAGAAGAAGAUGAAGACAAUGAUAAGGAUGGAGAAGACACGACGAAGUCAGUGACCAGUGAUGGCGAUGACAAACGCGUGGAUGAAACCAGUAAUAGCGGUGACAACAGUAACGCCGAUAAACCAAUCGGCGAUACAAACAGCGGAUCCGAUACUAAAGACUCGGCUCACGAGUCCGGUGACGAGUCUUCCAGCGAACCAUUGGUUAGUCAUUCAGAAGAAGUGCAGAAGAAGGCGCCGGAACUGCCGAAGAAGACCCGUAUGAUUAAGAACCCAGACGUGGACACGAGUUUCCUACGCGAUCGGGACCGCGAAGAUGAGGAGAAUCUGCUGCGGGAACAGCUGCGACAGGAAUGGGUGAACAAACAGGAACAGCUGAAGGGCGAAGACAUUGAGAUCACGUUCUCCUAUUGGGACGGUUCCGGCCAUCGCCGCGCGGUGGUCAUGAAGAAGGGUCACUCCGUGUAUCAGUUCCUCCAGAAGUGUUUGGACACUUUGCGCAAAGAGUUUCACGAGUUGCGGACCGUCACAGCGGAUCAGCUCAUGUAUAUCAAGGAGGACCUGAUAAUACCGCAACACUACACGUUCUACGACUUCAUUGUGACCAAAGCUCGGGGCAAAUCGGGUCCGCUGUUCGCGUUUGACGUUCACGACGACGUGCGGCUCACUAUGGAUGUGACGGUAGAGCGCGACGAAUCACACGCUGGGAAAGUGCUGCUCAGGUCGUGGUACGAGCGCAACAAACAUAUAUUCCCCGCCAGUCGUUGGGAACCCUACGACCCGACCAAGAGUUACGAGAAGUACACCAUUAGUGACCGCAAUAAGUGAUGUCGUGUGCAGUAUUGGUGUACAGCUUUCAUCAUCAGCUUUGAGUUGAGAGAGAGAGAGAGAGUUUGAUAACUUAAUUAAUAC